AUGAUUCCACACAAAGCAAUUCAUGCGAGUUGCUAUUCAAAUAGCCCGAAAAGACAUUCUACUUCAAUAAAGCUCAUGAAUCUGAUGAAGGAAACACUCAUAACAAUCACUCAUAAAUGUUUAAACAUGUCUCAAUUUAAAAGCAAGUCUCGAACCCUCCCUAUACGAAUGAAACAACCAGAAACAAUUAAAAAGAAUAUAGCUUAA